UCGCGCGUGGAGGCUAUGUCCUGGCCGGAGGCGGCGCGGGGCUUCUUGGGGACCCUCCUGAGGGACUUCCCGAGGCCGCUGGGCCCGGACGACGCGCCGCCCUGGAGCCCUGCGCCGGGUCGCCUGGGCUCCCUCAGCCAGGCCGAAGCGCCGGCGGAACUGGCUGAGUUGGCCCGGACCUUCUUGUGCAGCAGGAAUGCACCGCCACUCCUUGCAGCAUCUUUGAUUCAUGCUGCCAUCCACGAUAUUUUGCAGACGGAUCUUAACGAGUUUAAAAAGCAGAAUGUGGAAGGGGAGGAAGCUGGAGAUCACGAGACGGAGCCCUUGCUGGAUGGAGGCCCUUUGCAGCGCUGCUUCUUCAACAAACUCUGGGAUGUUUGCUGCAAAUGGCAGGAGCAGCCUCCACCGCCGCAGAAGCCGCUUCAUCGCUACCUCCAAGUUUCCAUCCAUGCAACCCGUAAUACCCGCCGGAAAAUGGAGGACAGGCAUGUUUCCCUCCCAGAAUUUAAUCAGCUGUUUGGCUUGACGGAUGACGUGGACCGAGCGUACUUCGCCGUGUUUGAUGGUCAUGGAGGAAUAGAUGCGGCUAACUAUGCAGCUGCUCACUUGCACGUAAAUGUGGCACAUCACAAAGACAUUCUGAAAAACCCGGUGGAGGCCUUGAGGGAAUCUUUCCAGAAAACAGAUGAAAUGUUCCUCGCUAAAGCCAGGAGAGAGAAGCUGCGCAACGGUAGCACAGGUGUGGCUGCCUUGAUUGUUGGGAGCAAGUUACAUAUAGCUUGGCUUGGCGACUCACAGGUAAUGCUAGUCCGGCAAGGGAAAGCUAUAACCCUGAUGGAACCUCACAAGCCAGAGAGAGAGGAUGAGAGAGAACGCAUAGAAGCCUUAGGUGGUUGCCUUAUGUACAUGGACUGCUGGCGUGUCAAUGGAACCCUGGCUGUUUCCAGAGCUAUCGGCGACCCACUCCAAAAGCCUUAUAUCUCCGGUUGUGCAGAUAGUGCAUCGUUUGAGCUAACUGGUGCCGAAGAUUACGUGCUUCUCGCUUGCGACGGAUUCUUUGACACCAUCCAACCUUUUGAGGUGGUGGACCAUGUUCUAGAGCACUUAAUGCAAAACAAAGGGGAUGGCCUCAAGACUGCGGAGAGGCUGGUGGCGGCCGCAAAGGAAAGUGGUUCCAGUGACAACAUCACUGUCCUGGUGGUGUUUCUAAGGGAGCCCAAAGACAUCAUGUCCGACUGCCUCAGAGACCCUAGAAGCUGCUCUGCUGAUGACUGCACAGGGAACCCACUUCUUAACUUUUUCAGCUCCGAGAAGAACCAUUGAAAUGGAAGACGAAAGAGUGACUAUCAAAUGCAAACGUAAGCAAGUUUAAAGGGGGGGAUCCUUUUACCACUGGAAAAUGAAAGCGAUUGUGUGGCAGACGAGAUGCAAGAACUUAAGUAUUUCAAAACCCAGGGUUGUCUUCAACUAAGCUGCUCAAGAGUAGGCCCUUUAGAAAUCAAUGGACCUAAACUAGUCAUGCCUAUGGAUUUCAAUGGGUCUGGUCUAUGAUUCUCCCAUAACUCUGGCCUGUGUCUGGAUUGUACCAUUCUAGAUUGCAGCUUC